AUGCUGGCCAUCAAAACUCCAGAGUUAGAGGAAAUGCUGUCAUUCUGGGAUGUGGUCAUUUAUUUCUCUGCAGAGGAGUGGGAAUGCCUGGGCCCUGCUCAGUGGAAUUUGUACAAGGAUGUGAUGCUGGAAACUUACAACAACCUUGUGUUCCUGGGUCUUGCUUCCUCUAAACCAUACUUGGUCACAUUUUUGGAGCAAAGACAAGAGCUCUCAGAUGUGAAGAGACAAGUAACUGCCAACAUGAACCCAGGUAUUUUAGAAUUAGGGGGUCGGUGGAUAGAUCGGGAGGCCAAAGAUCCAACAGAAAACCAGGCUUUAUCCUGA